UGGUGUCACCUUCACAAAUGUUUUUUCAUUUCCACAUUGCUUCCACACUUUCUCUGGUUCCUAGCUUUCCACCUUAUUCUUUAAAUCAAACCCCAGCUUUCUCGAGCCUUUACCUCUCCAGGAUUCAAGAUUCUCCUCCAUCCUAAGUCCUCGAGAGGGAUCAACUAGCUCGACCAACCUUGUCGCAUCUUUCUCUCUGUCUGUCUGUAAGAAUGAAGAGCAACAGCAACAACACGAAGCUCAUCCUCCUCCAUCCUUACAUCCAGAAGCAAGGCAGCUCGAACCGGCUAUGGCUCCUCGCCCUCGUCUCCUUCUUCACGCUCGCCUUCCUUGGAACACUAAUCUACUCCCGGGAAUCCAUCGUCGCUGGUGCGGCCUCGCGGGUCGCCUCGGUUAACAACCCAGCCAGCUCCUCCACCACCGCCGCCACCAACGAGCCCUUGCCGACCACGGUCAUCAAUGCCCUCAUCCACUACGCCUCAAGAUCAAACGACUCCUACCACAUGUCCCACAAGGACAUCAAGCUCAUAUCGGAUGUGCUCCGGAAGUGUGCCACCCCAUGCAACCUCCUUGUCUUUGGGCUCACCCACGAGACCCUCCUGUGGAAGGCCCUGAACCACGGUGGUCGCACCGUAUUCGUUGACGAGAACCGGUACUAUGCGGCCUAUGUCGAGGAGCGGCACCCAGAGAUCGAUGCGUACGAUGUGCAGUACACGACGAAGAUGAGCGAGAUGAUGGAGCUGAUCGCGUCGGCCAAGGAGCAGGUCCGGGGCGAGUGCCGGCCCGUGCAGAACCUUCUCUUCUCGGAGUGCCGGCUCGGGAUCAAUGAUCUCCCAAACCACGUGUAUGAGGUCAGCUGGGACGUGAUCCUGGUCGAUGGGCCACGCGGGGACGGGCCAGACGCACCCGGGAGGAUGUCGGCGAUAUUCACGGCGGGGGUGCUCGCCCGGAGCAAGAAGGGCGGGAACCCGAAGACCCACGUGAUCCUGCACGACUACUACAGGAACGUGGAGAAGAUCUGCGGGGACGAGUUCUUGUGCAGAGGGAACAGGGUCGAGUCAACGGACAUGAUCGGCCAUUUCGUGCUGGAGAGGGUGGACGCCAACAGCUUCCGGUUCUGCGGCCACAAUCGGACAGCUUCAUAAGACUACAUCAUCGUCCUGAAUUUUGUCAAAAAAGGGCAAAAGAACAAAAAAAAAAAAAAAAAAAAAGUAAGUUCGUCAUCAUAGUCUUUCAUUGCCAUCAUCAUUCAUGAAGCAUAGCCACAGACAACAGUCAUUUGUUUGGUGCAGUCCACUCAAGAGAGAGCAGAUGCGAAGGCAAAGCUGGCUAUUUAUCCUCAUUCGAUUGUAAGAAAACUUAGGCAUUUUGGGGGUUUUUUUUUUCUAUCCUCUUCUUUUUCUUUCCUUCCUUCAUUUUUUUCUUUUUGCCUUUUCCACUUGUGGAGUUUGGGAAUAACGAAACCUUUCAUCCUACACGAAUUGUAAUCCCUCGUCAAAAGAAAUUUCGUAUUGUAAAUUUUUUGGGGCUUUAAUCAUGCUAUCAUCAUUUUUCCUUUC